GAAAAAAAAUGAGCAUUUACUAUUUAUGGUUAAUGAACUGGGGUAGGUGUACCUUGGUAAAAGAAAGCACAACGCUACCAUUGUCACUGUCAACGCGUCGGUUACAGAGCGCAAGAACCUGGGUUGAGUUGAAGUCGUGCGCUUUGAGUUCUGAAUUCUGAAUCUGACCACCAAAGUACACAGUCUUUAGGAUCCGAAGGACAACCACAAGAUCCUCACUUUUGUAUCCUUUGAUUUUGUUCAGACAGCGACAUGUUCCCUUCUUCUUCGUAAGCUCUAGCAUCAUCUUCAUGUCUAUUCUGUGUCUCCCUGCAGAGUGAGAAACCCAAAUGGCAAUUGUAGUUGAAGACUUCUUCAAGGAGAGGAAAUACCCUUUCAUUUUCACUCUCUUAAUCUUGUUCAUUUGUGUCGCGUUCUUCCUCUUCAGCUUCUCCAACACCACCUCAAAUCCUGUUGCUUUCUAUUCUGUUAUCCAACACCAAGCACCUCCUCAUCAUGCUUCAAAACCGAAAGAGCAAGAGCUUCCUCUAAAGGUGACCAAUGUCACAGCUGAUGAAGACCAAGGUUUGCCCCCAGAGGAGGAUGCUGUGACCAUUGAUUGGAAGCUGUGUGAGGACCCGCAGAAUGUUGAUUUUAUACCAUGUUUGGAUAAUUUUGUGGCCAUUAAGGCUCUUAAGUCGAGGAGGCACAUGGAGCACAGGGAAAGACAUUGCCCUGAGACCAGUCUUCACUGCUUGUUGCCUCUCCCCAAAGGGUAUAAAGCCCCGGUUCCGUGGCCUAAGAGCAGGGAUAAGAUUUGGUAUGAUAACGUUCCUCAUCCAAAGCUGGUGGAGUACAAGAAAGAUCAGCACUGGGUAGUAAAGUCUGGAGAAUAUCUGGUUUUUCCAGGUGGUGGUACUCAAUUCAAAGAUGGAGUAGAUCAUUACAUUGAGUUCAUACAGAAGACAUUACCAGCAAUUAAAUGGGGAAAGCAUACCAGGGUUGUUCUAGAUGUUGGCUGUGGUGUUGCUAGCUUUGGUGGCUAUUUGCUGGACAAAAAUGUUAUUACUAUGUCAUUUGCCCCAAAGGAUGAACAUGAAGCUCAGAUACAGUUUGCCUUGGAACGAGGAAUCCCUGCAACUCUUUCAGUCAUUGGAACACAAAAGUUGACUUUUCCUGAUAAUGGCUUUGAUUUGAUCCAUUGUGCACGGUGUAGGGUUCACUGGGAUGCAGAUGGUGGGAAGCCCUUGUAUGAGCUCAAUAGGAUUCUUAGACCUGGUGGUUUCUUUGCAUGGUCUGCAACACCAGUCUACCGAGAUGAUGAAAGAGAUCAGAAAGUAUGGAAUGCCAUGGUGGAUAUAACAAAAGCCAUGUGCUGGAAGGUUGUGGCUAAGGCUCAUGAUUCUUCUGGAAUUGGACUUGUUAUAUACCAGAAGCCCACCUCAUCUUCUUGCUAUGAGAAACGUAAAGAGAACAAUCCACCUCUAUGUGAAAAUGGAGAUGGGAAGAACAGCUCAUGGUAUGCGAGGCUCAAUAAUUGUCUUACUCCUCUUCCGGUCGAUGAUAAGGGUAAACUGCAGAGCUGGCCCAAGUCUUGGCCCCAGAGGCUUACCAGUAAGCCACCUAGCUUACCUACUGAUUCAGUUUCCAAAGACAAGUUCUUCAAGGACAGCAAACGCUGGUCUGAAUUAGUUUCAGAUGUUUAUGUGAAAGCUCUUCCUAUAAAUUGGUCAAGUGUUCGAAAUGUAAUGGACAUGAAUGCUGGUUAUGCAGGAUUUGCUGCUGCUCUCGUUGAUCUUCCAGUGUGGGUGAUGAAUGUAGUACCUAUUGAUGUGCCUGAUACUCUUAGUAUUAUAAUGGACAGAGGGUUUAUAGGAAUGUAUCAUGAUUGGUGCGAGUCCUUUAGUACCUAUCCUCGCACAUACGAUCUUCUUCACUCUAGCUUUCUGUUCAAAUAUCUUGAGCCAAGAUGUGACAUUUUAGAUGUGGCUGUGGAGAUUGAUCGCAUACUGAGACCAAAUGGAUAUCUCGUGGUUCACGAUUCAAUGGAGAUACUUAACAAGCUCACUCCAAUUUUUAGUUCACUUCACUGGUCUGUAACGUUGCAUCAGGAUCAGUUUCUUGUAGCUAGGAAGGGUUUCUGGCGACCUACGAGCUCUUCAGACUGAAUGUACAUUGGGUUAUGAACAUGAAGAAAUCUUCAAUCACCAUGGAUUAUAUAUAUCAGUAUAUUCUGGAUAAAAGGUUGGUGCAAAAUGAAUGAAUUUCAAGAAAGGAAUAUUGUAUCCGACAAGUAAUCUUGUCCGAGUGUGAAAUUUGUUAGCCAUACAUUUAUUUAUAGUAAUAGUAAUACGGAGGACUUUUGUUUUUCUGAUAUAUUUUCUUUUCCGGAUACUCAUGCUGUGAUACGAGUUUACCAUAACUUUGGCAUGCACAGUUAUGUGCAAGCUGUACUCUGUCAGGAAUCAUAUACUAAUGCUAUGAUCCUUCUGUGUCUA